AUGGAUAAAGCUUGGGUCUGGUUACCAAGGAAUAGUCUCGAGUAUGAGCAAGGUGCAACUGAGUUUGUUUCUUCGUCAUCAAGACGAUUGGGUGAUCUAGUUGAAAUGUUCUGCCCUUGCGUUGAUUGCCGCAAUGUCUGCCAUCAAUCAAGAGAGACAGUUUUUGAGCAUCUCGUCAUCAGAGGGAUGGAUCAGAAGUACAAGGGAUGUAAAUAUUGGAGUAAACACGGGGAUAUAAGGCCAGAUAAGACAGCUGAUGUUCAGACGUCUGAAAAUGAGGCUUAUGAGUUGAUGAGGACAGCUUUUAUAGCGAGCGAUGGCAAGACACCAUUUGAGAAGCAGAAUUCAGAGGAUUUUAAUGGUAUUGAGAGGCCAGAAGAGGACGAGUUUAGGAAGAAGUUAGAUGAUGCCGAGACUCCACUGUACCCGACAUGUCAGAAAUACACCAAGGUUGCUGCUAUCAUGGGUCUUUACCGUGUAAAGGUCAAGAGUGGGAUGUCAGAGAGCUAUUUUGACCAGCUAAUGACAUUAGUUCAUGACAUGCUACCUCCAGAUAAUGUUCUGCCUAAGUUUACGGAUGAGAUGAAGAAGUUCUUAAAGGUGUUUGGUUUUGGUUAUGAUGUCAUCCACGCCUGCAAAAAUGAUUGUAUCCUUUAUAGGAAACAGUAUGCGGAGAUAGUUUGCUGUCCAAGAUGUAGUGAAUCAAGAUGGGAAAGAGAUAAGCACACUGGUGAGGAGAAGAAAGGAGUUCCAUGUAAGGUGCUUAGGUAUUUUCCCAUAAAAGAGAGAUUCAAGAGGAUGUUUAGAUCGAAACGGUUGGCUGAGGAUUUGUGUUGGCACUUCAACAAUGCAACUGAAGAUGGAUCUAUGCAGCAUCCUGUGGAUUCUUUGACUUGGGUUCAGGCAAACGAUAAGUGGCCGGAAUUUGCUGCUGAAGCAAGAAACCUGAGACUAGGUCUUUCUACUGAUGGGAUGAAUCCAUUCUCGAUCCAAAACACCAAGUACAGCACGUGGCCGGUUCUCCUAGUUAACUACAAUAUGGCGCCAACUCAGUGCAUGAAAGCGGAGAACAUUAUGUUGACGAUGUUGAUACCUGGACCAACAACACCUAGCAACAACAUUGACGUGUAUCUACAGCCCCUGAUAGAGGACCUCAAGGACUUGUGGACCGAAGGUAUUGAAGUUUAUGAUGCCUUUAAGAAGGAGAGUUUUAAUUUAAGAGCUAUGCUGUUGUGGAGUAUCACAGACUACCCAGCUUUAGGGACAUUAGCUGGAUGUAAAGUUAAGGGGAAGCAAGCAUGUAUUGUAUGUGGGAAGGAGACACCGCAUAGAUGGCUUAAGUUUAGUAGGAAACAUGUGUAUAUGGGCAACAUGAAGCGACUGAUGCCUGGUCAUCCCUACAGACGUAGAAAGGGUUGGUUUGACAACACAGUGGAGUCUGGUGUUUCAAAGAGGAUUCAGAGUGGGAAAGAAAUAUUUGACAGCCUUAGAGGAAUUAGAAAUUAUUUUGGAAGACCAUUAGCUAAAAAGGGGAAGCGUAAAAGGGCAGAAGCAGAAGAUGACGAUGAUGAAGCUGCAACAGCUGAAGAAAUCGAAGAAGAUGAUGAUUUAUGGAGGUGGAAAAAAAAGUCUAACUUCUUUGACUUACCAUAUUGGAAGAAAAUGCCUAUGAGGCAUAACAUAGAUGUUAUGCACGUCGAGAAGAACGUCUCAGACGCACUACAAUCUAUUCUUAUGAAUAAUGCAAAAUCAAAGGAUGGGUUGAAAGCAACAAAAGAUUUAGAAGAUAUGGGAACCAGGAACAAUUUACAUCCAGAAAAGCAUGGGAAGAGAACUUAUUUGCCUCUAGCUGCAUUCUGGCUUUCCAAGGAAGAGAAAAAAAAUUCUGUAGACGGCUAUCCAAGUUUAGAGGCCCCGAUGGAUAUUGUGCAAAUAUAUCCAGUUGUGUCUCGUUGGAUCCUCCCAAUAUCGGCAGCAUGA